UCUCUCUCUUGCACGCCCCACUCCCCCACUCCCUCUCUCCCUCCCUCUCUCUCUCUCUCUCUCUCUCUCUGCAGAAGUAAGUAUGGAUGUCUUAACACAGCUGGAGGUCCGAAAGUACCGUGAAGAUGGCUACCUUGUGCUGGAAGGCUUCUUCAGCCCGGAGGAGUGUGACGCGCUGCGAGAACAGAUGAGUGAAAUAGUGGAGCAGAUGGACGUUCCGGCUCACUGCCGCACUCAAUUCUCCACCGAUCACGACGAGCAGCUGCGGAACCAGGGAAAUGCAGAUUACUUCAUCACAAGCGGGGACAAGGUCCGUUUUUUCUUUGAGAAAGGAGUCUUCGACAUAAAUGGGGAGUUUACUGUCUCGAGGGAACGCUCACUAAACAAAGUUGGACACGCUCUCCAUGCCCAUGAGCCUGUAUUUAAAUCCAUCACACACUCCCCUAAAGUCCAGAACUUGGCUAAAAAACUGGGGCUGAUAAGUCCUGUUGUUUUGCAGAGCAUGUAUAUUUUUAAGCAACCAGGCAUUGGUGGAGAAGUGACGCCUCAUCAGGAUGCGACCUUCCUGUACACGGAACCUCUGGGACAAGUGAUGGGAGUAUGGAUCGCUCUAGAAGACGCAACCCUUGAUAACGGCUGCCUGUGGUUCAUACCAGGCUCGCACAGGAACGGAAUCACCAGGCGGAUGGUUCGAACCCCAAAAGGCACAUUCCCUUUGACUGACUUCAUUGGUCGAGAACAAAGUUACGAUGACGGUCUCUUCGUAGCAGCACCUGUCAAGAAAGGUGGCUUGGUUCUAAUCCAUGGUGAAGUGGUCCACCGUAGCGCCGAGAACACCUCCGACGCAUCACGUCAUGUUUACACCUUCCAUAUCAUGGAGUCCGAGAACACGUGCUGGAGCCCUGAGAACUGGCUACAGCCGACUGAAGAGCUUCCCUUCCCAUCACUCUACACCUAAAACUGCCUGCUUUAUGAUAUAAUAGUUAUAGAAUGAUAUUAAUUACGAGUAUCAUUUCCUGUUUUUAUAAUAAUCUGCUAAGACGAUUCAGAGUGAUACGUCUAGCUCUUACGUCUAGCGAUGUGCUGCUUAUUUUCGAGAAAACGAACUCGUAUAUCAUGUAUAAUAUAUACGACGCAAUGAUUUUGGAACGUUUACUCACCAGGUACAGCGUUUAAUAUUUGAGUAUUUUAGGAACUAUUCCCAUAUUUGCAUGCACAAACUAAGAAUAUUUUCUUGGACAUGUAUUUGAAUAAUUUUACUAAUACAGUCACUGUGCAUGAUGUUAAUGAAUAAAUCAAAUAAAACUUUAUAAGGUAUAUGAAGUUUAAAUAAAAAUCUGAUGAUAAGUGCAUUCAUUUUAGUUUUUAUUAUAGUGAUCUUAAACCUUAUUAUUAUUACUAUUAUUAUUAUUAUUAUUAUUUUAGGAGAGUUUCAAAAACUGUCCAGCCUAUUCAACCCUGCACAUAAUGUAUUCUAUGAGCUAGAAGCCAGAAAAACUGCUUCUAAUCAUUCUGCCCUCUAGUGGCUGACCAUGUUGUUUGCAUGGUCCAGAUUUUUUUUUUUUUUUUUUUCCAGAAAAGAAAAAGGUCUUUUGCCUUUUCGAUCAUGUUUGGUUGAUAUUAUUUAAAGAUGUACUACAUAUUAUCAGUGUCCUUCAUAAAUAAAGAAAUCAUGGGUCA